GUCGCAUUGCAACGGCCCAAUUUGCCUUUUCCCUCUUUUUUGAAUUUCUGCUCUCACUGUUGAAUUCACGCUAUUUUGUAAGUCGCAAAAUUCGAGCCUGCCGGACAGAUUCAACGUCGCGACGAGCACCGCAGAUUUCAGACGAGCUGGAGAUAGAAGCACUAAUUUGAGUCGCUUUUUGAAUUUCAACACCCUCUUUGUAGAUAAACGUACAAAAUGCCCUCUGCUACUCCCCUGAAGCCCAUUGUCGGUCUGUUCAAGCGCCGUGUCACUCGCGAUCUGGGUAUUGGCCUCGGCGGCGGUCUCGUUGUCGCGACUGUCUACUGGCACUACUUUGACAAGCACCUGCAGCGCGUUGAUAACUACUACGCCAAGAACGGCCGUGCUUCGGAGAAGUAAGCUGCCCUCGAUAUACUAGACCAUAUUUCUCUUCGAUAUUGACAAUAAGCGGAUCUCCUCAGGACGCUGCCUUGUGUCCCGAGAUAUGCGCCUGUUGAAUGGAAACGCUGUUUUAAAACACCGAUCGUAGAGUGCUGGCUCAGUGGCCCUCAGGGCGCUGAUGGCCUGGCUUGUGGAGGCGUGAACUGCCGGCUGAUUAAAUUCUGCGUGAUUGCUGGCCCUGGCAGAAUCCCUAAUUUCAGGCGAUAUUUUGCUUCCCCUGACGUUUGUAAGCCGCCAACCGGACAUUUAUCAUCUAUACCCUAGCCGAUGAUUAUAAAUGCGCCAGCAGCGCAGCA